AUGAUCUGUGUUGAUUUUAAAGCUCCAAGAUAAAAUUAGCUUAGAGAAGUUGAGAACUAAGCUUAAGACAAUAUUGAAUACUAGAAAAUGUCUUUUUAGGAACUUUUUGCUGCUAUUAUAGAUAAGUUGGCAAAGUUGUCUAAUUAAUCUGAAUAUUUAGAUGUCUUAAUAGAAGUUUAAAAUAGACUAGAUUAAGAUGCCUAAAAGUUUGAAUUCUCAUCUAAAAUCUCACAACUAAAAUCUUGUAUGAAAAAAUCUAAGGAAUUAAAUGACUAUUUAUAAAAAAAUAGUGAGAAUAAAGCUCUUGUUUUAAAAAAAAUAUAAGACAAUUUUGAAAUUAUUGAAAAUGAUAAUGAAAUAUGUUUGAUUGAAGAACUUGAAAUCAGAAGAAAAAUGAAUAGAAAAUAUGAAAAACUAAUUGAAAAGCAUUUAUAGCAAGCAAAAAUUGCAAAGUAGAUUUUAUCCUAAGUAGAAACAGAUUCUUACUUUUAAGAAAUUUUGGACAAAAGUGGUAAAGCAAGUAUAGAUCUAAGCAAUCAAAAAUUAUUGUAAUAGUUUAAUUCAAAAAAAUUUGAGCUAGAUGAAUAUAGUUAUUGUAACGAUUAAUAGUUGUAAACUCAAGCACAAAUAAAAGCCUUAGGAGCUGGUAUUGCUAAAAAUUAACAACUCGAAGAGCUAUCAUUGAACUUAUUUGGAACAGGAAUUAAUUCAGGAAGAUUACAAGCACUAUCUAAUGGAUUAGCUAAAAAUAAAAAAUUAAAAACUUUAGACCUUAAUUUAGGAGGAAAUUUGAUAAACCAACAAGAUGUGCAAAUUUUAAACACUUUUUUGUUGUAAAACUCAACUUUAGAGAAUCUUUAAUUAAAUUUAAAUUAUAAUAUUAUACUUGGAGGAGGAUUAAAGGAUUUGGGGUAUGCGUUUUAAAAAAAUGUAAAUUUGAAAAGUAUCAAACUUGAAAUAUUGGAAAAUGAUGUUAGUAAAAGAGGAUAAAAAUUAUAUGAUUAAUUUGUUAAAAAGAGAUCAGGCAUAAGUGCAAAUAUUAAAUAAGGAAUUGAAUGUAAGUAGUAUGAAAUCUUCAAAGAUUUUCACUAAAAAAGAAUUAGCAGUAUUUAGGAAAUUAUAGCCAAACAAAAAUUAUAAAUUAAGUGUGAUUGUUUGUAUUCAUUAAAUUGA